UGGUCACGCUUCUGCUGCAGAAAGCCAGUCUAAGCUGAUAUACCCACCCAAACCCAGAGACCAAAAACCCCUCGAGCGCGCCAAACCCAUUCCCGUCCGGCAAUUCACCUCCGAUCGGCUUCGAUGCCGCAUCUCCGAUUGCUCUGCCUCUAAACUUGCAGUCCCCGAAAAUUCGAUUCUCGGAAUCCAUGGCUCUGCCUCUCGUCAAGGUCGGGAUUCUCGUCGGCGCAGGUGUACUUGGUUCCUACCUUGCUAAGGAAGGACGCGUAUCUGAUGUGGUCUCUGGUGCAUUCAAGAUUGCGUGGAAACAAAUACGAGACGAUAAAAGUAAUACACCCUCGGUCAAGAAACCAUCCAAUGAUGCUUUGAUGGCUCAGAUGAACAAAAUACGGCAGGAGCUGCAGUCAUAUUCAUCAAGUGGGCCAAUUACAAUCGUAACUGGGAGUCGAACAGGUGCUAGCAGAUAUGUUAUAAUGAUUAUUGUAGUAGUGGCAGGGUAUGGCUACUUUUGGUGGAAGGGGUGGAAACUUCCUGAUAUGAUGUUUGCAACAAGACGUAGUCUAGGGGAUGCUGGCAAGUCUUUUUCUAAACAGAUUGACGGUGUCUUUUCAUCAAUUUCUGUCACCAGGCGUCAAUUAUCUUCGAACUUGGAUGGUGUGGACCGUAAUUUAGCUGAGAGUAUUGAAACUACUGCUAGUACACAAAAGGAGGUUGUUGAACUACGAGGAAAAACAGAAUACAUCAGCACAGAUUUUAAAGAAGUUCAAGAAGCAGUGAUGGAUCUGGAAACUAAGAUUAACAGACUAGACGGCAAGCAGGAUCCGAUCACUGCCGGAGUGUUUAAGUUGUGUGACUUUGCCCAUAACUCGGUAAAUAGCAGAACCACAGAACGAAUUCAGGCAUCAUCGUCCAACUCUCCUAGGCGAUGUAUCGAACUACCACCAGACGCACCCUCAUCUUUGGUCACACCAUUAAAGUCUUCAAGGCCAGCACUCGAGCUACCCCCUGCAUCACCGUCAAGACAGAAUAAUGGAAUUUCAGAAGUGUUUGGCCCGUCAGCUUUGGAAAGCACAAGCAAUGGACCUUCCAGUUCUGGUCGAUUUGGGUUUAAGUACCCAGCCUCUAAUACUAAAGUCAUCCAAAGGACAAAAAGUGCUACUAUUAAGAUGCUGCCACAGAAUCGAUCAGCUAGUGGACAGUUCUGACGAUCUUUGUAUAGGUCUGCCGUUAAAAUUAUAUCCAUAUCAUAAAUUAUUGGCCUCCCAUUUGGGAAAACUAGCCUUGAGCCAUUUGACUGGUUCGGAUUUAAGUGCCAACCUCAGAUAUAGUUGGCGCCUUAGUGCCCAAGUCAAACUCAUUGUAACUGGAUUGGGUACUGAAUUUUGCAGAGUAGUUGACAAGCUUUUAUGGUUAUCAAAGAUUUUUAGUAAUGGCCAAAUCUCUUGGUGUA